CUUCCGUAUUAUUGGGCCGUUAACAUCUUUGGAACCAACAUGAGUUUAUCUUUGCUGCGCAAGCAUCUCAACCAAAUGGGGACCCUUAAGCUGCGAUCGUCCUUGGGUCGUAACUACAUACCCAUGGCCGGUCCACCCCGAUUUCCGAUGAGUACUGCCCAACGUUUGAUCAUCGGCUGCGGAUCCUUGGUCGUCAUGAUGAUCAUUCCGUAUUGGUGCCUCUUUAACAUGCCCCGUUGGUCGAGGAUGCACUUGGGUCUUCCACCGGAGGAGGAGCAGAAGGAAGAGCCACCACCACCGGAGGCACAGGAGGAACCGGACAAGAAGGACAAGGAUAAAAAGGAGAAGGACAAGAAGGAGGAGAAGAAGAAAUAA